CGUGCACUCUGUCGCUGUCAUACAGUUUGUUUGGCAGUGUCAUCUCAAACGCAGUGGCCUUGAGGACCAGGAAAUCUGCAUUGUACGGGACAAGAAGAUGAAGAACUGGUCCUGGCUAAUACCCGCGUUCCUGCUUGUGACUCCCUUAACCUCCUGUUGUCCUUCUGGAUGUCGCUGUGGCUCUGGUAUUGUGGAUUGUACCAAUCUUGACCUCAGCUCAAAAUCCCUACCAUCCUCAUUCCAGCCAUCUACAAGAAAGAUCCUUCUCAACAACAACAAGCUCGAAAACAUCCCAAAUGGUCUCUUUGACCGUCUUUCUGAAUUACGGGAAGUGCAUUUGCAACAGAACCCCUGGCAAUGUGACUGUAAUAUCCUAUAUUUGCGCAGCUGGCUGCAAGCGCAACAAAAAAGAGACCUUUACCGUGAUGUUACCUGCAUUACCCCAGAGCAAUUCAAGGGUAGAGUCAUCAUGUACCUGACUGAGGAUGAACUGAUGACCACCUGCCAAUACUGGUACUGUAAUUUGGCAAUGGUCUCCCAACUAUGCCUUUUUAUCUUUAUUGCUGUUCAAGGAAUCCUGCUUAUUUUUGUUAUUCUUUCACUGCGCCGAUUCCAGAGGAUUGCCAGGGAGGCUCGGCGCACUGCCAAGGAACUACAGCAGAACUCAGAAUCUUACGCCUACGAUAAUAUUCCACUGUAUAACUACGACAGAACAACAUGAGGCGAAACAAAAAGCAUGAUACAGGGAACUAUGUCAAAUCACUGUGCUUUUUGUACAGAUAAUGUUCAGCAUAAUAGAAAAUAUAGGGUAGGUCUAAUGUAUUUAAUGGGGCAGUCCAAGCACCAUAACCACUAAAGCCCACUGUAAUGGUUAUGAUCCCAGCAUGCCACUGGCCCUGUCCUGCUGUUAUGUGUUAAACUGUUUGCAAGUGGUCCAAAACCUGUCUUUUGGCCCCCAGCAGCCUAAAUUACUAACACAGAAUAUACACUUUUGUUUUAGCAAUAUCAAAUCCAUCCAUAUUUGUAUGACACCAAUUAGCUGAACAUAUCAGCUAACAUUCAGCAUAUUGUUGCCAAUACGAUACAAUGACAUUGAUACUGGUUAUGUGGAAACCCUUGGUUUGUGUCAAAAGGUUCAAAAAUAGUUUGACACA